UUCCAUAUACAGUAGAUCUUACGCGCUCAAUACCCUUGGACAUAACAUUUACAGCAUUUGUGAAGCGCGAACCGACAUGUAUAAGUCAAAGUUAUAUUUAUUACUAAUACAAUUCGUCAUCGUAACAUUCGUUUUCAUUCAAAGCGGUUACGGUGAGCGCGUUUGUAAAACUAUAUUAACUAAGGAAGGUAAUGCUCAAAAAAUAUGUUUUGAUAUAUGUGAUAAAAAUUGCGUGAACGGCAUUUGUGACUAUAAUAAGAAAUGUAAAUGUCAAACGGGUUACCAUCCGGAGAAAAAGAAAUGCCAACCAGAUUGCCACGCAGGAUGUCCGCCCAAUUCAACUUGCAUCGUAGGCGGUAAUAAGUGUCGCUGUAAUGAAGGCUAUACUGGAAAUGGCGUCGACCCAUGCGAACCGAUCUGCAAUACGGAUUGUGGCGAAACAAGAUAUUGUGCUGCUCCUGACAAAUGUGCCUGUAAAGAGGGCUAUAUGGAGAUGAACAACGCUUGUGUGCCCAUAUGCCCCGAUGGAUGUGGCGAGCAUGAGCUUUGUGGCGCACCCAACAACUGCAUCUGUAAUGACGGUUAUGCGAGGAAUGCUGAUGGAAAAUGUUCACCCCUCUGCGAUGUGGAUUGCGGCGAGCACAAAUUUUGUUCGGCACCUAACGCUUGCGCCUGCAAGAACGGUUUUGUAGAAAGCGCAGACGGUUGUCUACCGAUUUGCGCGAAAGGAUGUGGUGCUAAUCAAUAUUGCGCAGCACCGAAUAGCUGCAACUGCAAUGAGGGCUAUGUCUUGAAUGACUACGAUCAAUGCGCACCCUUCUGUAGUGUGGAUUGCGGCGAAACAAGAUAUUGUGCUGCACCUGACAAAUGUGCCUGUAAAGGGGGCUAUAUGGAGAUGAACAACGGUUGUGCGCCCAUGUGCCCCGAAGGUUGUGGCGAGCAUGAGCAAUGUGUGGCACCAAAUAAAUGCGCUUGCGUCACAGGCUAUCGAAGAACGGUCGAUAGUGGCAGCCAAUGUGAACCCAUCUGCGAUGCCGCGCGCUGUGGCAAUGCGACCUGUCUGCGUCCCGGUGUUUGUGAGUGUACCAAAGGAUAUACGCGUCUCAACGACAGCAUCGAUUGUCUACCCCAGUGUGUGGGCGGUUGUGGCCCACAAGGUAUUUGCGCAGCACCGGAACGUUGUGAAUGUGUGGAGGGUUAUGUGCGCAAUGACAAGACUUGCGUACCACACUGCAAAAAUGGGUGUGGCAUAAAUCAGCACUGCACAGCACCGGGUGUGUGUCAAUGCAUGGAUGGCUUUGAAAAAAAAACUUUAGAACAACGAUGUCAACCGAUAUGUGAACACGAUUGUCCGCUGCAUGCUUACUGCGCGGCGCCGAAUCACUGUAACUGCAUCACCGGCUACACCGUGAUCGAUGACAAAUGUGUGCCCCAAUGCAAGAACAAGUGUGGCGCUCACAGCAAAUGCAUUGCGCCCGACAGAUGUCACUGCGAUGAUGGUUUUCUGGAGCAGGAUGGUAAAUGUUUGAGUUCGUCCAAAUUUAAAUCAUGCAUGAAGGAAAUACUAUUAUUUCAUGUUUCAUGUGAGACCGGCUCAUUUGUAAUCUAUUUAAUAUAUGGUGGACUGAUCGGUUUCGUGCUGAUCUGCACAUUUGUCACCUAUAAAGGUUUUCAGCAUUGGCGCAAUAGGAAAAGCGGUAGUUAUAGUACGCCACCACCGAAUUUCAUAGUCACUUAUCAGCCGCGCAGUGAUGGAGACGGAGACGAACACACGAAUGUCGAUUGCGAUAGUCCCAGCUAUAGUCAGCCGCCAGCCUAUAACACGCUCACCAGAAAAUGUUGAAGAUAAGAGCGACUCGCCAAUAAAAUAAUAUAAUUUAUAAUUUUAUAAGCUAUGAGUAUGACUUAAUACAAUUAUAUGUAUGAAUAAUUUAAUCAAUAAACCGAUGCAAUUACUGUAUCCAAUUUUUGCAUAUUUUAUGGUAUACACAAGAAAUACUAAUACUAUGGCUUAUUCACACUAGUUUCCCUGAAAAUAAAGUCGGUUUCUAAAUAAUACAAUA